GAAGAGAAAGGCGCGCUAUGAUGACGUAUGAAUGUAGCGCCGCAGCAGUAAGCGCUGCUGCUGUUAGCAUUGUUAGCUGUGGAUGAGCAGAGAGCCGACAGGCGGACAGGUGCUCUUACCUGUUACCUGUCCUCCCCCUCCCCUGCAGUUAGUCUGAGAGUCAGCGGGUCACCGUGAUGCCGCAGGAGGAGCCCCCCCUCUCACCUGUACCUGGCGGGUUCGGGACGGACCGGAAACACGCCGCCGACGGGUUGUGUUGUGUGUCUGUGCUCUGCUGCCUGCUGCUAGCUUGCUCCUAUGUGGGCAGUCUGUACGUGUGGAGGAGUCACCUGCCCAGGUAAGAAGGUUUGAGAGAGGGAAAAAGCUGAGCGCGCGCGAGGAGAGAGGCACACCUGAGCGAAUACAUGCUGUCAGGGAAGAGGACUCACCUGCUCAGGUGACCUGCGCAAAACACCAGGAGGUCAUUAGUCCUCCUGAGGUCUUAAUCAGGGCCCCUUUACCAUGAAUCCUUGUAUCAGUGUUGAUCAGUCUCUGAUGGGUUCUUAGUGAAGUCCAGGUCCUGAUAGCUCCUUCAGCUCGUCUGGCGUCUCUUGUUUUUAAAUUGGAGAUGCACGAUCCAUUUUCCCCCGAUCCAAUCCGAUACCGAUGCCUGGGCUGAGCGUAUCGGCUGAUAUCCGAUAUCCGAUUCAAUAUUAUUGUUGAAUGAAUUCUGUGUACCUUGCCCUGUGAGUUAAGGCAUCAGGCUUGACAUUAGCCUUGUUUAAAAAAAGGUAACAAACUAACACAGAUAUAAAUUGACUUAAUAUUAUUUAUUAACAAACAACAAGAUGCAUAUUAGCACACAGCAAAAGAAGUUAGGCAUCCAAAACAUUUAGUGUAAAAGGAUAGACAGACAUAGAAUAUAGAGCGAACAGAAUCGCUGUGUUGCUGUGUAUGAUAUUAAUUCAAAGAAAACAAAAAGGUAACACUGGAUUGGCACCAUUCAUCAGAUAAUUUGUCAAUAUCAGAGCCGAUAUCCAAUCCAAAUAUCGCAUUGGUGCAUCCCUACUUUAAAUUGAUGAUACUCCAGAGAUCCUCUAUGGGGUUCAGGUCAGACCAGUUAGCUGGACUAUGCAUUGUAAUGCUAUGGUCAGCAAAACAGUUUCUGGUGGUUUUGGUGCUGUGGGCAGGUAACAGGUCCUGCUGGAAAAGGAAAUCUGUGUCUCCAUAAAGCUUCUCAGCAGAUGCGAGACCUCAGGCCAGUUCAUUACGGACUGCAGCGGGGUGACACAGCUCAAGGAAGAACAUGAUUAUGAUAAUUAUUUUAUAAUUUCCUUGAAGUAAUAAUCACCAUAAUAAUCAUUUUGCACUGCAGACUUGGUAGUUCUUCUGCCUUAGCGUUUCAGUCUGCUUGCAUUUCCAUGAAGAAAUUAUCAUAAAUGUUCUUCCUUGAGUUGCGUCACCCCGCUGCAGUCCGUAAUGAGCUGGCCUGCUGCUAGAAGAGAGUAGGUGAGUUGUGUUUUGUCUCUUUGCUAAUGAAAUCAGGCAAAGCUAAAAAGAUGUUGGUGGCUAGUGCUAUGGCUGGGACCCUAUAUGUACUGUUGAUGAAGUUAGGUGCUGUUCUGAGCAUUAUUUUAUCGCUGUCCUGUGAUCGUUACUAAAGUUGGUAUUACUAGAGAAGCAAGCGGUCGGCAACAUUCAUCUCUCGAGGGGGUGUCUAACGCAGUGUUAUGGUGUGUUUGACCCUAAAUUAAUUUUACGCCGGGAUAUCCCUUUAAGAGUCGGCUGUUUGUAUCCCUUAUACUGACCUUCUGUUUCCUUGUGACUCUUUUACUAAUAAGUGAAUGUUCCAUGUUGCGUUUGAGCGACAGUAAAAUAAUUGGGAGGUUCAGGUGUGUAGAUGUAACCUGCAGUGUUUUUUUUUUGUUGUUGUUGUUGUUUAGGGAUCACCCUACAGUCAUCAAGAGACGCUUCACCAGUGUCCUCAUCGUCUCCGGACUGUCACCUGUCUUUGUGUGGGCGUGGAGGGAGUUCACAGGAGUCACAGUAAGACACACACACCCACACCUCAAUCGGUUUCCUUGAUGUAACAUCACUAUGAGGCUAUUGGACCACGUACAUAGGUGUACUACUUUGAACCUUGUGUGUGUGUGUGUGUGUGUGUGUGUGUGUGUGUGUGUGUGUGUGUGUGUGUGUGUGUGUGUGUGUGUGUGUGUCACUUAGACCAGCUCCUCAUUUCUGGCUCUCAUGGGGAUCCGGUUUGAAGGCCUAAUUCCUGCGAUCGUCCUCCCUCUGCUGCUGACUAUGGUGGGACAGUGAUUAUUAUUAUUAUUUUAUUUGUUGUUAUUAUAUUAUAUAUAUUAUUGUAUUAUAUUAUCUAUUAUAUACAUUAUUAUUAUUAUUAUUGCUCUUGUUAUUAUUAUUGUUGUUGUUACUGCUGUUAAUAUUAUUAUGCUUUGGCAAUAUUGUACAAACAGUCAUGCCAAUAAAGCCUAUUGAAAUUGAAAUUGACCUCUGUGAUGAGGAUGAUGGUGAUGAUGGUGGUUUCUGUACCUCUAAAACUGUCUGUGCCUUUGAAACAGUUUUUUUUAUACUGUCUGUGUUUCAGGUUCUGUUUCUGGGCCCCCUCACACAGCUGGCGUUGGACUGUCCAUGGACCUUCAUGGACGGGAUCAGAGUGGCUUUAGGUCAGAGACAGUGUCUAGUUUUUAACCCUGAUCACAGUGUAGUGUGUUAACACACCAGAGGUUGUGGACUCCAUUUGUCAGUGAUGUGCCUCAUAGUUUACAUCAUUCUCUGUGUGUUCUUAGCAUGUUCUCUGUAUUUUCUCUGUACAUUCUUAGCAUGUCCCCUUAAUGUUCUCUGUAUGUCCCAUGCAGACCCGUGGUUCUGGACUCUAUGUCUCAGUGACAUGCGGUGGUUGAGGAAUCAGGUGGUGGCUCCGCUGACUGAGGAGCUGGUCUUCAGAGCUUGUAUGCUGCCCAUGUUAGUCCCUUGUGCUGGACCCUCACUCGCCAUCCUCACCUGCCCACUAUUCUUUGGAGUCGGUGAGUUCUGACACUCUCGGUCCUCAGGUCAUGAUGGUGACAGGUAUAUAUUUUUUUCUAGCUCUCAAAGUGGUCUACAUCUAGUUCCAUGUUGUGUCUGUGGCCAGCCUUCACUCUCACUUACAGUGGCUGAUUUUUGCUGACUGGUUUCAUGUCCUCUAAGUGACUGAUCUGCACUGACCGUCUGUAUCUGUGUUUCAGCUCACUUCCAUCAUGUGAUCGAGCUGCUCAGGUUCAGACAGGGGACAGUGUCGGGGAUCUUCAUGUCUGCAGGUUAGCUCGGGUGUUGGUUUUUCAAGUGUGUGUGUGUGUUACCUGUACAAUCAACUGAUGAUGUUCCUCUGGUCCUAGUGUUCCAGUUCUCCUACACAGCCGUGUUUGGAGCCUACACAGCCUUCAUCUUCAUCAGGACAGGUGAGCAGCUCUCACCCCCGGCACCUCCAUGAAAACAUCCUGUGUGUUUAUUCCCUCCUCACCUAGCUGACCAGGUUUCCAUGGAAACUAUAAUAAUAAUAAUUCCAUUGGUGCAAAGUAUAAUUUAUUGAAAACAAAGUAAUGUAACAACGAUUGUUGGAAAACCAAAAUCAUGAGCCCAGCAAGAACUGGAUCAGAAUCAAACUCGCAAACAAAGUGGAUUAAUAAUUUUCCUUAAAACCACUUAGAAUGUGUCUUAUGAAAUGGUUCCUGGUUCUUUGUGUUCCAGGUCACCUGAUGGGUCCGGUCCUGUGUCACUCAUUCUGUAACUACAUGGGUUUUCCUGCCAUCAGCGCAGCGUUGGAUCACCCCCACCGUGUCUCUGUCCUCAGCUGCUACCUGCUCGGCGUCCUCCUCUUUCUCCUCUUCCUCUUUCCCUUCACUGACCCCGCCUACUACGGCCUCCCCACACCUGUCUGCACCCUGGCCACCUUCCCCAGCCCCCUCUGCCUCUCCUGAUUGGCUGUCUAAAAUAUCCUUCCUCUGAUGAAGAGUAGGAGUUUCCUUCAGGUGCGUCACACGAUGAAGAGGAGGAGGAGUCACAGUCCAGUUGUGUCCUCUGGUCCCUGUAGGCAGUAACAGCCAGGUGGGCUCAGUUUCCAUGCAGACCAGGGUGUGGUCAGUGGACCCUGGUUAUAUGACCUGUCAAUCAGCUGAUGCCUGUAAAGGGUGGGGCUUCAUGUUGGUGAUGUCAGAGGGGCGGAGUCAGGUGUCGGUCUGAGCUGAUCGAGUUUGAGAUCAGACGUCGUCAUGAGCGUUUGAUUCGUUUAUUUAAGGAUUUUAUUUUAUUGAUAUUUUGUUUUUCCUCCUUGUUUUGUGUCAGUUCAUUCCUUGUUUCUAUAGUUACAUUAAAAUUAUCCUAUUAUAUUUAAAAGCAAAGUAAAACAGCAUACAGUCCAGCCAACAGAUCAACCCUGGGGUCAGAUCAGCCAUCUUUAUCUGAGAAAGAUAAUUCCAGUCCUCCCCUGGUACCUGUUCUACCUUUUUAUUAACCUUCUUCUUCUCUGUUUAUGGUGAAUUUGUACAUCAGAAAACUGAAGAGGCAACAGAGCGAAGACUUGAAAUGAUCAUUAUCAACAAAAAAUAAACCAGAUUAGAGAAACAAACCUUUAACCCAGACAGAGUGAAAAUACAAACGUCAAAAUAAAGAAAACAAACUCAAAUGUUCAGACUCAGAUGUUUGAUCCGGGCAGGUAUCAUGUGAAACUCCUCAGGUAAACGGGCUUUUCUCAAUCAGUUUGAUUAUAGAUUACCUGAAACCCUCAAAUAUUGAUUAAUAAGAACGUUAACAUGAACCCACACAUCUUUGCCUAAAUUCACCCGCUGUGUGACUAUAACCCCGAGAUGGAAAAACUUCUUUCUACGGCAGGGAAUUAAGUCUGGAUUAGCACCAAUUCACAUUCACCCCGGAUUAGAUUAAAUCCAGAUUAAUUUAACUCAAGAUAAAUUAACUUCUGAUUAUAUUGAUCCAGAUUUAAUUGAUUGCCUUUUGACUCUGAUCCAGAUCUUUUUAACUUCACCUUUACAGAGUUCUUCAUUUACUUGAAUCCAAAUUGAUUUUUGUCCAGGAUUAUUUUUCACCUCAAUCUCUUUCAGAUUAACCCCAGAUUUACUUUUUCCAGAUUGACGCUGCCUGAGAUGAACUUUAUGUCAGAUUAUCUGAUUCCUACUUAAACUUGACUUUAUCUGAAUUCCAGUUGAACUCUAUUUCCUUUUCCUUUGAAAACUUUAUUCUGGAUUCACUCCAGAUCACCUUCAGUCUGUUCAGAUAGGUGUGAGGGGGUGAUCAGUGCUGACAUAAGGGGGUUCAUUUUUGAAUUUUUUUUAAACAUGUUAUUUAAAGUUCCUCACAGCUUCAUGUCUUUGAACCAUUUCCUGAACAGGUGAUCGAUCACUCACCUGUGCCGGGUGUUAAUGGAUCAGCUGCAGACUCACCUCAGAAACACUUUAAACUGUGAAGAAUAGGCUGCUUUACCUCCAGCAAUAAACCUGACAGAGUGUGUGUGUGUGUGUGUGUGUGUGCAUGCGUGUGUGUGUGCGCGCCUGUGUGUGUUUGGCUACCUGGUCGGUCAGGUAGUUUUGGCAGUUACUGAACAGGUGUGUGUGUAGGUGUUUGUACCUAGAGCAGCCAGCAGGCGGCGUCAGUGCUCUGUUUUGACUUUGACAGCCUGCGUGUCUGACUGAGCGUCCUCCUCUGUAUAUCAGUCAGUCAGGGCCCCUUCACUGACUGUUUGUAAAUCACAGCUUCACUGAAAAACACAAAAAUCUGAAUGUGAAUUAAAACAACAAUCUGUUUGUUUCUGAGUUCAGUCAUUGACACAAACAAACAUGUUUACUGUUUGUGUCUGUUUUACCCCUGACCUCGAUAAACUCUCCUGACCACUAAUUUUAUUGAUAAGCACUGAUUGAUUUUCAGCUUUCUGUAAAAUACACUGAUUUAUUCCAUUAUUGGGGUUUAGAUAAUAAAGGAUACACCUCUCUAUUUACACAACAUACACAUACACACACACACACUCACACACAGAGCAGCAGAGUGUAUUUUUUCUGGUCAGCAGCUGUUAUUUUAAUAUUUCGAACACAGAGAAAUAAAAUAUUUCACAUGUUCAGCUGUACAGUCAAACGUUUGUAUCGAUGUCUAUAUUUUCUAAUCAGACUAUUUUGGAAUGGGUCACCUGUGCAGGUGUGAGCAUGGACUUAUUUUCAUUCAAUCACAUGUUCCAGUUUAGACGUGUUUAACUGCGACAAUCUUUAAUAGAAACUUUGGAUCUUAUCUGUAAAUAAAACUGUUUUUUCUACA